AUGCUUGGAGAGGUGAAAUACGAACAAGGACAAUACAAAGAAGCAGGAUCAUUCCACAAAGCAGCUCUUGAAACGUAUCGAAAAACUCUACCGAAAGAUGAUCCAACGUUGGCUGAAAUUUACCAAAAUAUUGGUGCAGUGCAUUGUUCCAUGGCUAACUAUCCGAAAGCACUUGAAUUUUACGAAAAAUCAUUUAAAAUAAGAGAACAAGCUCUGCCUUCGAAUCAUCCCGAUUUGGCUUGUUCCUACAACAACAUCGGUCAAGUGUAUAACAACAUGGGUGACUACUCGAAAGCACUUGAAUUUUACGAAAAAUCUCUUAAAAUAAGAGAAAAAGCUCUGCCUCCGAAUCAUCCCGAGUUGGCUAUUUCCUACAACAACAUCGGUGGAGUGUAUAACAACAUGGGUGACUACUCGAAAGCACUUGAAUUUUACGAAAAAUCACAUAAAAUAAGAGAAAAUGCUUUGCCUUCGAAUCAUCCCGAUUUGGCUAUUUCCUACAACAACAUCGGUCAAGUGUAUAACAACAUGGGUGACUACUCG